AUGGCGAGGCAGCGGACCACCCCCUUUUGGGUGUACGUCCUCCCUGCCAUGGGCUUCUUCCUGGGACUCUACGGUUUGCUCCAGGUGGCGCUGCUUCAAGACGGCUCCGAGGAAGGGUCGGAGAGCUUGGGUCUGGAGCGCCCACUUCCUGAAGCAGCCACGGUGUGCUUGGGCUUCGUCGUCCUUUUUGCCGCAGUGGACGCGGGUGGGACGCUCCAGCACUUCUUUGGAGGCAGCCCCCUCGAGGUGGCUUUGUCCCUCCCGGUGUUUCAACUGCAGCUUCUGGGCCUUGACCGCCUGGCAGGCCGGCUGAGGGGCGGGUCCCGACGCCUGGGCUCCAGUCUUGCCGAGGUACUUUGCAGCGGUCCCAUUGCCUUGCUCAGCGUGGAGGUGCUCUGCUAUGCCAUCCGCGGCCACCUCUCGCAGAACUUUCUGCUAACCCGCCGGGGGCAGCUGGAGGAUGGAGCCGGCAUUAGGCUGCCGGCCACCAGCGACGGCCUCGUUCUGCUGGCGGUAGCGAUGCUGUUCCCGGUGGCGGCGGCGUGGGAGGAGCUGCCUUCGACCCUCCGCCACGCCAGCGCUAUAGCUGCGGCGUGGGCAGGGCUGCGGGGGUGCAGGUGGAUCGCGAAAAGCUGGGGGUGGCUACCGCGGGUCGACUCCUUCAGACCCGAGCUUUGCUUCGCCAUGGGGGCCUCGGUGUUUGCACUGCUGGUGGCGUGGCUGCUGGAGCGUCGCGUGCGCGAGACGAGGUCGGCGCGCCUCUCCAGCACGGCGAGCUUGGCCAAUGGGGCGAUAGGCCUGAGCCUGGGUCUGCUUUGGGCGGCGCGGCUCGAGCGAGCUGCGGCCAAGGUGGUGCCAUUGGCACCCUGGGGGCUCCUGCUCUGCUUUCUGCUGGCCCUCUUGCUGCUGUGGCUGGUUGCGGUGCACAGCCCUGAGCCAACUCUUCCGGACUUGCUGCUGCGCGACCCCAGCUACGCGCCCACGGGCAACGACUCCCCGAAGUCCAAAACGACGAUGGGCUCGCUGCGCCAGGGGCUCCGCCUCUACCGGGCCAUGGGCGCUGGCCCCGCCCUGUGCCCGCCUUCGGUGCUGGCGCCCAAAGGCCGCGGCAGCUAUCCAGACCCUCACGACCCUGGCGACCUCGCGCAACCAGGGCCGCGUCUCUGCUUAGAGGAGCCUGGCCCGACUCUGAUCAUUCCACUUGAGUGA